AAAGUUUCUCUGAUUCAGAUCUCAUUUAUCCGAAGUCCUAUACGCACAACUCACUCUUUAGAUAUCCGCUCAGGGGGAUUACCGGCUCGGUACUUCGUAUAUUAUGUUUGCAAUGUACCUGGAAAGCAACGAUUCUCUGGCAACAGUUCUUUGUCGCCAAUCCAUGAAACGAUACUGGAAGUGCAUAUUCAACCUACAUUAUGGCACGCAAGACCUCCAGCUGCUCAUACGGAUGCAGUGCAGGAUCCUGUUCUUAUAGAGUUUAGAUCUGUCGUCCGAAGAGGUCCAUUCACAUGGUGCCAAUGUGGCGACCCGUCUCCCUCGAAAGUAUACACGCUCAUGUUUCACGCCAAAAAAAACCCGCUCGAUGACGCCAAGUUUACCCACUAUAACGGAAUGUUUAUUGACGCAUGAAUAGCGCACGAUACAAGGCUGAUCCAUACCUUUUGAGCGGAAAGGUACAUAUUGAUGACCAAUGUUCCCCCGAGGAGGUAUUUUCAGGAACCUUACUCGCGUCAUCGACCUUGGGCAUGAGCCGCACUGAUAAUUCUGCCGGCCAUUUGCACGACGAGAGGUCACCUUUUGAAAACACGCAGCGUAGUACAAGAUUUAAUUUCCAAAGACUAAUACAAAAAUUCUCUCAAGAACUCCUCGUAUUUCUCGUCUUCACACACGGAACUGGUGAUGUCCAACUGCUUAGUUCGAGUUGUUGUCGUGAUUGUCAAAGUCUUGGUCUGCGCAAAAAGAUGAGGACAGUGGCGGCUCAAGAUUUGAAGAAAAGCGUACCAUCGAAGCAGUCACUGCAACCUAUCAACACACACGCCAUGAUGGUCCGGGAAAUGGUCAAGACCACUGAUACUGUUAGCACCAGUAUUGCCGCAGCCAAGAAGACCUUGGGCUUCGCUCCUAGUCGUGUCCCUGUCCGGUUUUGCGCGACGCGCGACGUAUACGCAGCCUGAAGGAUGUUGACUCACAACACGACCCUUCGAUGACAGGCCUAAACUCACAAUUGCCGUGGCAUGCGACGUUGUGGGCUGCGGCAUUUAUUUCCCCGCUCCAUGGGUUGCUGAAACUGAUCAAUGGAUUCGAAUUAACUCUUGAGUCUGUUCGUAGUCAAUUCAAGACCCACCGACAGACGUUGCGUGUGCCCGCCCACUCGCUAUUCCAAGUUCCAGGAUCAACAAGGGCACGACAGUCGGAUAAGGUCGCGUCGCUCGUCGUUCCGCAAUGAACGCCGACUUGGGCGAGGGCGGUGGGAGCAGCGAUGAGUGCAGUGAAGGCAGCGAUGACGGAGAAACGCAUGGUCAAUGGUUGGGCGAAUGGAGAGGUAUGCAGCGAGCAGGCCCUCUUUUAUAUGUCCUUGCUCAGCGUUCAGUGGAUAUGUCUGGACACAUGUUCUGGGGGCUUCACAGAGACAGCGCUGGAUGCCAGCUUCGCUGAACGUCAUUUCGUAUCUCAUGGUACCCCAUGUUUGCUGUAGACAAUGUGUCCAUUGCUCCAAGUUUGAUUCAUUCGCUGUUUUACGAU